AUGGCGGGACGGGCCGCGAUGCGAACCCCUGAACCGCCCGACCGCGACGAACGCGGAGACUCACCACCGCGACUGUCGAGACCGAAACGCACCACCAGACCACCAAGAAACUACGCUCAAGAACAAGAGAUCGACAAUGAACAGAGGAAGACGCGACCCCAGCAAAAGAAGAGAAUUGAACCCGAAUCUCAGCCUGACGUGGCAACUUCGGACGACUCCGCGACCGAGAGCGACGACCUCGAUGUCAGCAAUUUGGUAAAGGAGCUGGUCAAACUCAGGGAAGAGAUCCGACGGCGAGAUGAGCUGCAUAGAGAAGAACUCCAGAAGGUCCAAGAAGAGUUUCGGAAAGCCAAGGAGGAAUUUGGCGUCGCCCUUGCAGGAGUUCGACACGAGCUACAGACCCUGACAGAUAGCCCCACGACACCGCAAUCCUACCCCGAGGCAUGCUCUCCGAACCACCAUGAUGAGAUUCUUCGCGAAAUACAAUCCUUGCGCGAGGAGAUCAGCGUUCCCGCUCCCACGGGAUCUCCGUCGUAUGCAGAUGUCGCCCGUACACCCCCGCUCAGCCACCCAAGCAAUAUACGGAGUCUCUCGACAUCGAACACAACACCAACUACGUUUACCGACACAUUGUACUGCACAAUCGACACCUCGGAGAUGGCAGCAAAUGAAAACGAGAGGAUGUCCGCAGGCCCAAUUCGGGCGGCGCGCUGUCGCGCUGUCACCGUGGACCCGAAGACCACCAACCGAAUCAGAAUAGCGUGCCGCGACGAAGUUGAACACCAGCUGGUUAAGAAAGUGGCGGAAGGCAAGAUCGGCGCGAGAGCGCGGGUGCUUCGGGAUGAGCUGUACCCAAUCAAAGUCGACAGUGUUAACAAAACCAUCGUGCUAGAUGAGAAAGGUGAACUCCGAGCCGGAGUGGCAGCAGCCUUCAGCGAGGAAAAUGAAGCUACCGUUGCCAAGAUUGCAUGGCUCAGCAAAAAGGACAGUGCAAAGGCCUAUGGGUCAAUGGUCGUCUACCUCACCAAAGGCAGUGAUGCUCGAAGGCUCCUGGCUGAGGGGUUCUUUCACGCUGGGGGAGAAUCUGGGGUGACCAGCGUCUUCGAACACCGACCACGACCGACGCAAUGCUACAACUGCCAAGAGAUUGGCCAUAAGGCAUUCCAGUGCAAGAACGCACAGAGAUGUGCAAAAUGCGCUAUGGAAGGGCAUCGCCACAGUGACUGCGACCAAACCGUUCCCAAAACACUCCGAGUGAUGCAACUGAAUGUGAGAAAACAGGGAGCAGUGCAAGAAAGUCUCAUGAACGAUGAAGAUACUCAAAAUGCAAUGGCACUAGCGAUCCAAGAACCCCAGGCGAGGAUGAUUCAAGGCCGGCUCUUGACCACCCCGAUGGGACACCACAAAUGGACAAAGAUGGUUCCCUCCACGUGGAGGGAAGGGAGAUGGGCGAUCCGAAGCAUGCUGUGGGUCAACAGAGAUGUGGAAACGGAGCAAGUGCGGAUCGAGUCGCCGGACCUAACGGCGGCCGUCAUUCGGCUUCCCGAACGACGGAUUUUUAUCGCAUCAGUUUAUGUAGAGGGAGGGGAUGCCUCUGCAUUGAACAACGCAUGCGAUCACCUCCGGAAAGCAAUUGCAAAGGUACGGCGAGAUUCGGGGACGGUGGUGGAGAUUAUGAUCAUGGGAGACUUUAACCGCCAUGAUCAACUGUGGGGAGGAGACGAUGUGUCGUUGACCAGGCAAGGCGAGGCAGACCUAAUCAUCGACCUCAUGAAUGAAUUUGGACUCAGCAGCCUGCUUAAACGGGGCACCAAGACAUGGCACGGCGCAGGAUAUUCGGGGGACUGCGAGUCGACGAUCGACCUCGCUCUCGCCUCAGAAAACUUGACGGACUCGAUGAUCAAAUGUGCGGUCCAUGGAACGGAGCAUGGUUCGGACCACUGCACCAUUGAAGCCGUCUUCGAUGCUCCGUGGGCUGCUCCAAAACAGCCAGAGCGACUGCUGCUGAAGAAUGCGCCGUGGAAGGAGAUCAAUGCUAGAAUUGCAGGAACACUAGCUGCCACUCCGGUGGAAGGCUCGGUGCAGCAAAAGACCGACCGGCUGAUGUCCACGGUGUCUGAAGCGGUGCAUGCCCUGACACCGCGGGCCAAACCGUCACCACACGCAAAGCGAUGGUGGACGGCGGACCUGACGCAACUCCGUCAGAUAUACACAUACUGGAGAAACCACGCCCGCUCGGAAAGACGGGCAGGGCGAAAGGUGCCACAGCUGGAGGACAUGGCCGCAAGCGCCGCGAAGCAAUACCAUGACGCAAUUCGGAAACAAAAGAAGAAGCACUGGAAUGAGUUUCUGGCCGACAACGACAACAUUUGGAAAGCCGCGAAAUACCUGAAGUCAGGAGAAGAUGCAGCCUUCGGCAAAGUUCCGCAGCUUCUCCGAGCAGAUGGAACGGUCACCACUGACCAUGAGGAACAAGCCGAAGAACUUCUGACCAAAUUCUUCCCGCCCCUGCCGGAGAACAUUCAAGAUGAAGGAACAAGACCACAAAGAACGCCGGUAGAGAUGCCGGUCAUCACUAUGGAAGCGGUAGAGAGGCAGUUGCUCGCAACGAAGUCUUGGAAGGCGCCAGGCGAGGACGGCCUACCGGUCAUAGUGAGGAAAAUGACCUGGCCCACGGUCAAGCAUCGCGUUCUCGAUCUUUUCCAGGCGUCACUGGAAGAAGGCACGCUGCCGAAACAGUGGAGACACGCAAAGAUCAUCCCGCUGAGAAAACCGAACAAGGAAGACUACACUAUUGCUAAGGCGUGGAGACCGAUCUCACUCCUCGCGACGCUAGGCAAGAUCCUGGAGUCAGUGGUGGCAGAAAGGAUCUCGCAUGCAGUGGAGACCCACGGCCUGCUCCCGACCAGUCACUUCGGGGCCCGAAAGCAGCGGUCCGCGGAGCAGGCACUCCUGCUCUUGCAGGAGCAAAUCUACGCGGCGUGGCGCGGCCGACGGGUGCUGAGCCUGGAUCAGCUUCGAUGCAUACCGGAGGGCCUUCUCCGCUGGGUUGAGGCGUUCUGCUCUGGACGGACGGCGACCAUCCAGAUCAAUGGGCAACCAUCGGAGGUUCAGGACCUGCCACAGCCUGGACUGCCUCAGGGCUCGCCCCUGUCUCCGAUUCUAUUCCUCUUCUUCAACGCCGACCUCGUGCAAAGACAGAUCGACUGCCAGGGAGGAGCAAUUGCCUUUGUGGAUGAUUUCACCGCAUGGGUGACCGGGCCAACCGCGCAGAGUAACAGGGGAGGAAUUGACGCAAUUAUCAAUGAGGCGCUCGACUGGGAAAGGAGAAGCGGAGCGACUUUUGAAGCUGAAAAGACGGCUAUCAUACACUUUACCCCCAAGACGCAUAAAUCGGACCAUGAGCCGUUCACCAUCAAGGGACAGACGGUUGUGCCCAAAGACCAUGUGAAGAUCCUGGGCGUCUUAAUGGACACUAGGCUCAAGUACAAGGAGCAGAUCGCGAGGGCAGCCUGUUCACAUCGACGGUAG